CUACAGUAACAAGUGAACUUAAAGAAGGUGAUGAACCUUAAAAAUACAACGGACAGAAUAAAGCGUUGAGGUCCACGUGCACUACCUACGACAAGGAUCACAGGAUCCCAUCGAACAAGAACAGUUGCUGAUUUUUGAUGGACUGUUGUCGAAGAAUCACCAAAAGAAGCUGCAUAAAGCCGUAACUAGAACUUAAAAGUUAGAGACAGUCAUUUGAUCUCGGUCCCACAUGUUGAUAUUUUCAUCAAGGAAAAUGAUUAUAUACCUGGUGAACUAUUGAGCUUGCUUGCCUGAAUGGUCAACUCAUUGCUUAACAGAGUUCAAGUUUUUCUCCGCUGGAAGUACUCGUACUUUUGGCGUGUAAUUAUUGGAAUGAAUUCUCCUGCUGGCAUAGAAGAUAUCAAGAUUCUGUAUAAAAGUAAGAACUUUGUUGUAGUGGACAAGCAUUAUGAUGUGAAGAUAAACAGUAAUGACCCCAAGGAUGCGAUCACAGUAGCUACCCAACUUGCACAUCUUCAUCCAGAGCUGGUAGAUGAAAGUCUGCCUCAUAGUUUCAGAUUCAUACACAGACUUGACUAUUCUACCAGUGGAGCUCUGUGUAUUGCACUCAAUAAGAAUGCUGCAGCCAUCGCUAUGAAGUAUUUCAAGGACCGGAGAGUCACUAAGGAAUAUCUUGCACUAGUCAGAGGUCAUGUUGCGGAGGACACCAUGAUGAUUGCCAAGGCCAUCUACCCUAACCCUCAAGAAGACCUGAAGCAUAUGAUGAAGGUUGAUGACGGUGACUGUCCACCAGGAACCAAGCUCCUCGGUGCUCUGACCAGACUGAAAGUCCUAGAGAGAGGGGAAUAUGACCAGGAACCUGCUACCAAGCUCUUAUUACAACUACACACAGGACGGAGGCACCAACUCCGCGUCCAUUGCCAGAGCAUCGGCCAUCCUAUCGUUGGAGACUACACCUAUAGCAUGAGGAAAGACGUGAGUCCCUACCGUAUGAUGCUACUUGCCCAUAAACUGCACAUAUCGCUUCCAGGUGAAGACAUCGAUGUAACGGCAGAAGACGUGUUCAAACCAGACAAAGAUCCCAAAUGGAUCCCAUACCAUGAUGAUAGGUAGCGUUUGCAUGGGUGUGGUAGAAGCCAUGUUCAUACCAGACAUGGAUUCUAUACUAUGUUGAUAUGUAGUGUAUGAAUUGGUAUGGUAGAUGUGUUAACACCAGAUAGGGAUCCUGAAUGGAUAUCCUACCACAAUGGAGAGUAUUGUAUAAAUACGAUAUGUGGUAUGGUAUGGUAUGAGAUCGCAAGUGGAUCACAUACCACGAUGAUAGGUAACGUAUGAAUGAGUGGUAGAAGGCAUGUUCAUACCAGACAAGGAUCCCAGAUGGAUCCCAAGAUGAUGUGUAGCAUAUGAAUACAUAUAUGGUAGUAGCAGUGAUCACACCAUACAAUGAUACUAAGUGUAUUCCAUACAACGAUGAGAGUGUAUGAAUUGGAAUGGCAGAAGAUGUGUUCCCAUUUUAUAAAUGGUUAGUGGAAACCAAUGCUAUACCAAGAUGAUAGGUUAUGUGAGAAUGAUCAUAUUGAUCUUAUUCUCAAUAUCUUUAAAGGCAUCAUUAUUUUUUGAGAAUAAGUUUUCUUCAUAUUAACAUAAAUUAAUUGUGUUAUGUAGUACUUUAGUUCUUAAGGUGAAUUCGAAGUUAUACAUGAAAAAUACCAAUGAAUGUUUAUCAGUUACACACAUAUUCAUCAAACCAGUUCAUCCUAGUCUAUCCUGCCCCAGCAAGACAUCAAUAUUCAGUUCUCUCAACAUUCAAUACUCGUGGGUGGGGGAGUGGCUUACAUGAUAGUGUUCAGUGUCUUCUUUCAGUUUAGAUAUCCACUUUGUUGAAUGAUUUGAUAAAAAGUUGACAAAAAAUAAAAUAUUUUUCUUAAAAAUUGAUGAAAAAUACAAAGUAAGAAAAACCAUAAGUGUCCUGACAGAAUUUGCAGUAUUUUUUCUCAAAGCACUUCCAAAUACCAUAGUCAUGUUAUGCCAAAUAAGUGCACUGGAAAAGUUUGUAUUAUCAUCCUUUACCCCAUUAUAUAAUUUCUUUUCCCUUUUUGAUGACGUCAUAGUGAUUAGCGUCUUGUGCGACCAGGUCAACAAAAUAUACACAUAUUUCCAUAUGGCUUCUUAGAUUGGCCACUCUGUUCCAUUCACUUUGAAGUUCUUUCUGUCCAUUAUAACCACUGAUCCUAGCAACUGCUUUGGUGCAAGGCUUUUUUGUGCCAUUUCCAAACUUCAUCAGCUUGUUUGGGAAUUUCAAAAGCCACAGGCCAUUUUCAGUGACCUGAACAGUGAUAUUUCUUUGUUUUGAAGACAAUACAUCUCUGUAGAUAGCUGUAUGAAAUACACAUAACGUAAAGCCUCCUCUCCUCCCUCGAUGCCCUCCACACUCUCCUCAACGGGUGAAUCUAGGUCUGCCUCCCAAUUAUCAUUUGGUUCUGGCAUUGGGCCAUCUAAUGAUUGAAAAAAAGAAUUUUCAAAAUACAAAUGCUUACAUUCAAAUAUGUUUUUCUUUCUGUAUCUUAGCCUUCAAAAUAUCCCUCAGCUCCCCUGCAGAUGCAGAUUCUGUGAAGAAAUGAUGUUGGCUGCCAAUAAAACCAAGUGAAAGCCCAUAUCGAAAACCAGAAAUAAGUUGCACAGUAUAUUUUCGUUUAGCAUACAUUUUCAGAAAAUUUGAUUAAAUCAGCGUCUGGGCCAGGCUCCUGCCUGCCGCUAGAGGCUUAGUUGGGUGUGACGCAGGAGUUUGAACCAAGUGAAGUCGCUGAAAAAUUUCUGCAUCUGUGCAAAAAACAGCAAUAGGGAUAAAGAAUUCCAUAGCUCGAGGUAAUUUUCUGACUGUUUCUUAUCCAUUCAUGAAGACUUGCAAGACCAAUUGCAUUAAAAUGAGAUGAUGGAAAACCAGGAAAUUUGUGAUUCAUUCUCCCCUGAUUGUAUUCAAAGAUUUGUUGUGAAUGGAGAUCAACAGCAAGUGCUACUGCAUCUUUAUGAUUCACCUUGUGCCUGGAUGAAACUCGGAUUUUCCUUCCUGGUACUUCCUUGUCAUUCUCCUAUAGAAGUCCAUAGACCUAUGAUGAUCUGCUUAUUCUCUGCAGAUUCUUCUGUGACAACUUCCCAUGAAGACCUCUGCAACUUUCCUUAAACACCCUGUUGUGAUGUUCCAUUAGCCUGCCUACCUCAAUGUUGCCAUCAGGUCUGCAACUUACAUGGGCACA